AUGUACCCUUCGACUGAAGCCAACGACGUUGCGAUCUCAUUUACCGACGGCAAUGGCAACGAAGCCAAUGAUAGUAAAAGGACCUUUGGGGAUUUUCAUGACAGCGAGGACACAAAUACCACCCCACGGAGCCUUAUCGAGAAUGUCUACGAUGUUGAACAACGCCGGCACGUGUUCCAGCCAGCGAAAAGGGCCAAAGUGGAUGGGUCUGUGACGCCGAGUGCAACUCCGGACCGAACCGUGAUUGCUGUGAAUGGAAACAGUGGUAUUGGACAAUGGAUGAAAGAUGGUGAAUCCAGCGCAGCUGCAGUACCCGCGGAGAAAACAACAUCUCAUGUAGUGGAUCUGACAGCCGACGUGGCAAAGUCCGCUGAUGACGAUGACUUGCAGGUGACAGGUUCCAAUGAUCUCAGUGAACAGCGUGUUUGCUAUGGCAAGCUAGAAAAUGCUAUGAUCAAUGCGCACCUGGUACCUAAGCCUAGAGCGAAUGCUGUUCUUGGACCCGAGUCUCUGCAGUGGUCAUCUAUGAAGCUGGACCUAGUCCGCGAACGCGGACCCGAUUUCAAAAUCAUCGUGAAGGAUCCCUUUGGAAAGACCUUUGGGACAGUGGAUGCAAAGACUGCCUCGGCGCUGGUACCGUUGCUCGAUUCAAUUGCCAUGGACCUGAGCGUUACGGCCCGGCUCGACAUGCGCAAGAAGCUUGCUGGAGAGCAGAUCUGGCAACCGACACAUGCCCUUUACCGCGCGUCGAUUGUUAUCUACGGAGCGCGGAAGCAUGCUCAAAAGGUCGGGGAUUGGCUUGGACGGCAAAACGUUUGGCUUGCAACCCCAGCGUUUGUGGAGAACGGAGCACCUGUCUUUAAUCCCCACGCAGAGCAAAGACGCGCAAUGAUGGCAACAGCGGCCGCCGCAAACACAGGAUCUCGUCCAGCGGCAGGUCUCCGGUACGAGAUUCGUACAGCAGAGGAGAUAACUGACUCCGUGAUGAAAAUGUUUGACAAGCUUGUAAGCAUGGACAUCCCCAUGCUUGAGCCGCCUGCGUCAAUCAAGACCCCUCUUCUGGACCACCAAAAACAAGCACUCUGGUUCAUGACGGAAAAGGAGGCACCACGCAAGUACGGCAGCAAGGAAGAGGACCACAAUUCUUUGUGGCGAAAAGUUGAGACGAAGGGUCGGACACAAUACCGCGAGAUUAUCACCGGGGUCAUAUGCGAUGAGGAGCCGGCUCAAGUUUACGGAGGUCUUCUGGCCGAUGUAAUGGGUCUUGGAAAGACACUGAGCAUCUUGGCGUUGAUUCUGUCUACACCUAAAGAGGCGACUGAAUGGGCACGUAUGGUACCAGACCAAAAUCUGAUUCGGAGCGUACCUGGUAUCCGCAACACACGAACUACUCUUCUGGUAGUUCCAGUGACCACCAUUGCCAACUGGAUCGCGCAGAUUAGCGAACAUAUUCGGCCGAGAUCGAUGAAAUUUUACGUCUUCCAUGGCGCUUCGCGGAUGACAGAUCUCGAAGAGCUGUCGAAACUGGAUUUGGUGAUCACAACUUAUGCCACCGUGUUCAGUGAAUUGCGCGGCAAAGGUGCACGACGCGGUAGUCCUUUGGAGAAGAUGAACUUGUUCCGCAUAGUCUUGGAUGAGGCACAUACAAUUCGCGAACUGAACAAUCAGCAGACUAAGGCCAUUUUGAGCCUUAAUGCGCAACGUCGUUGGUCCGUUACAGGAACUCCCAUCCAAAAUCGGCUUGAGGAUUUGCUCUCAGUCACCAAAUUCCUUCGCCUCUUUCCAUACGAUGAUCGUGCCCGUUUCUCGCAGCAUGUCACCAGCCCCAUGAAAACCGGAAACCAGAAUGCGCUGGCAAGCUUGAGAGUUCUGAUCGACUCGUUCACCCUGCGCCGUGUCAAGACACUGCUCAAUCUACCACAACGGACUGAGAAGAUUGUCACACUGGAGUUCUCUGAGAAAGAAGCCCAACUGCACGAAUUUUUCAGGAAUGAAUCCAACGCUAUGAUGGGUGUGAUCGCGAAGGAAAGCAAGACCAAGCUAAGUGGGCGCAUGUAUCACGUGGUUUUGAAAGCCAUGAUGAUUCUUCGCCAGGUCAGCGCGCACGGGAAGGAACUUCUAGAUGUCGAGGAUCGUGAGAGAACAAAAGGAUCGAGCGUGCAAGACGCCAUCGACCUGGAAGACAACGAACCUGACGAAAAUCAAGAUGCUUUCAACGAAAAGGCCCUUCGUCAUGUCGAUCUGAUGGUUCAGUCCGGGGAUACUUGCAAGAUCUGUGACAAAUUGAUAGAGGUUCCGAUGACGGAAACUGGGGCUCUGGAUAAGGAGGCAAUUAUAGCUAUCUAUCUGCCUUGCCUCUGCGUUCUGUGCCCCGACUGCUUCUCUCACUGGAAGAGUGUCUUUGAUUCCAAAGCAGACACAAUGAUCCAGUGUCGAGCCUGUGGUGGGUGGACUUCUCUGCAGUAUUCUGCGGUGACUGGUACAGGCCUUGAUAAGCUUCAAAUACAACGUCAGGAAUCUCGAAAGAACGGCAAGAUCCUGGGUGAUUAUGAAGGCCCCCACACGAAGACUAUUGCCCUCAUCGACAAUUUGAAAAGUAUCGCUGAAGAGAGCAAGGCACUCUCCGGCGAACCACCUAUCAAGAGCGUUGUCUUUUCGCUGUGGACGUCACAUCUUGAUCUGAUAGAGAUUGCACUGAAGCAAAAUGGGUUCCAUGGCUUCACUCGCAUUGAUGGCACCAUGAGCCUCAAGGCACGCAGCAACGCGCUUGAUGCGUUUGCCAAAGAAGAUUCUGUCACUAUCAUGCUGGCGACAAUUGGUGCGGGUGGUGUCGGUCUGAACUUGACAUCUGCUUCUCGAGUCUUUGUCAUGGAGCCACAUUACAACCCGGCUGCUAUUGCUCAAGCUGUCGAUCGUGUGCACCGUCUGGGUCAGCGCCGAGAAGUUGUCAUCAUGCAGUUUAUCAUGAAGAACAGCAUUGAGGAGAAGAUCCUGGAGCUUGCUCAGAAAAAGCAAAAGCUUGCGGACAUGAGCAUGAAUCGAGGCAAACUUGAUAAGAGUGAGGUCCGGGAGCAGAGAAUGCGAGAAUAUCGCAGUCUUUUCAAAUGA